AUGUCUUCUAUAGAAGUUCUUGCUCAGUGGGUUGAUGUUACGGUCUUGGGGGAGGAACCCUUGGUUGAUGCCGAGUUUAUCACCAACCUUCGCACUCAUCACCAUAUUUGUACCUCUGAGGAGGAUGAGCCAAAGUAUGAAUUGGUGGUCCCGGAUCUGGAAGACCGGGUUUGUUUUGGGAGGGAUACUGAGGAGGUCCCUCAUUUUUUCUACAUGUAUGAAAGCAUGAUUAUCCGUUUGGGUGUUUUUCUUCCAUUUUCUAAUUUUGAAAUAGCUGUUUUACGUCACUGCCGAAUUGCUCCUACCCAACUUCACCCCAAUUCUUGGGGUUUUCUGAAAAUUUACCAGUUUAUCAGCCAUGCCUUAGAUUUUCCGACCUCUUUGAGGAUUUUCUUCUAUCUUUUCCACAUGACCAAGCCCUUCAGUGGGCUAAAUAACAAGCAGCAAUGGGUGUCUUUCCGAGCCAUACAAGGUCGGAGAGUUUUUACCCUUUUUGAUGAAUCCUUCCAUGACUUCAAAAAUUAUUUUUUCAAAGUUCAACGUGUAGAGGGUCACCACCCCUUUUUUCUGGAUGAAAAUUCUGUUCCUCGCUUUCCUCUGUACUGGUUGGAGGCCUCCCCCUGUGAGAAACAUGGUUUGGACGACUUGGAUGAGGUGGAGGCAGCCAUUAUGGGGUUCCUCCGAGAAGUGUGGGGGAGGGCCCCAUAUCUGGAUACCAAAAAAUUUCUCCAGGGGUCGCCGACCUUUGUCCAAACACAAUUAGAGAUGGUGAAGAGGAAUUCCAGUGAAUCUUACCAGAGGGUCCAGGAGGCCAAAGCGAAGUCCCGUGCUAGGACCGGUAGCGCCAAGGUAACUAGCUCUCCUCUUCCUCUUCCUCCCCCUUCUUCCCAAAAUUUGGGGACCUCUUCUCGUACUAUUGUUGUUUCCUCCUCGGCCUCUUCUCAGCCGCCCCCUUCCCCCCGAUCUUUUCUUGAGUCAGACAAGAAGAAGCGCAAGACUUUAGAGUCUUCCUCUUCUUUUGAAGGUGAGGCUAAGGUGGAUGCUCCUGCAUUUAUCCGGAAACACAUCUAUCCCCAUACCCGUAUAGGUAUGGAUGAUGUUUCUUUCCGGAACCACCUCACUAUUCUGGCUCAGAAAAAUGUCAGGGCGGUGGCGGUGUGCACUAAGUUUCUUGAUAUUUUUGAGAAGGCUCCUCUUAGCUCUAUGGGUUCAACUUCGAGGGUUGAAGAGUUGGAGGAAAGGCUUCUCAUGUAUCAUAAACAUGAGAAGGAGUUGAAGGAGGAGGUCGCUAAAUUGAAGGAGGAGAGGGAUGGCCUUCGGGAGAAGGGGAGCAAGUUACAAGCCCAAUGCAAUAUGGAGGAGGGCUUGAGGAAGAAGGCGCAAGAGAGUUAUUCGAGCUUGUUCAAGGACCUCGUGGAGGUGAGGAAGGACUUGUUGAAUUCUCGGAUUGCUUACGUCGAGUUGGAGGACUCUAUUGCUGAGGGAACCGAGGAGGCUUGGAGGAUUUUUAAGGAGCAGGUCGGAGUCCUUGCUCCCGAUCUGGAUCUCUCUCCUUUGGACCCUGACAAGAUUGUCAUUGAUGGGGCCAUUGUGUCUCCUCCCCGAACUGUGUCUGAGUCCGAGUUGAAGACUCGGGGUCAGAGAAUCAUAGAGUCUCCUCCUCGACCAGACGACGCUCCGAGUUCUUCCAAGGCUCCCGAGACUUCUCUUCCAACUUCUGUGGGUGCUCCUCUCCCUGGUCCUGGUGGCGUUGCGGCCGAUCUUCCUGAUUCUGGUGGUGAUCCAACUACUCCCGGUGGUGAUGCUUAA